CCGUCCAGAAACCCUACAUAUCUUCGUCUCGUUUCCACAUCUGUCUGAUGUUUUUUUCUCCAUCUCUCACCUCUCACCUCUCACCUCUCCCCUCUCCUUCAACACCCAGCCACUCCUUCCUCAACUGGUAGCUCCAACCCUACCUUCUUGCUCCAACACCAAUCAAAAGUAAUUGGAAUCGACAACAUUAUUUCGACCUGUUAAAACAGACAUAGAUUUACGAACGAAUCAUAAAUUGCAAACAUGGAGGCUGAGAAGGUCAAUACGAAUAAACCCAUGCCAGACGACAUUACGGCGGCCAACAAUUUCCGCGGUCACAUCAGGGCGGAUGAUGAGUCCUCGGAAAUGAAAGUUGCAGAGGUUCUCGAUGCCUUUGGUAAUGAGGAAGGCGCAGAGGUUCAAUGUAAGGUUUUACACUCUUAGCUCCCGGGGAUAUGAGCUGACAUUUGAACUCAGACAAAACCAUGACCUGGUGGCAAGGUGCAAUUGUUAUGAUUGCUGAAAAUAUCUCCCUUGGUAUCCUUUCUCUACCAGCUGUUUUGGCCAAAGUUGGUCUCAUCGGUGGCGUUAUUGCCAUUCUUGGUCUUGGUAUCUUUUCAACAUAUUCGGGUUACGUCUUGUGGCAAUUUAAAAUGCGCUAUCCUCAGGUAUGUCAAAUAUUUAUGGACACAAUGGAAAAGAGUCCCUGUUCCUGACCACUUUUUAGAUCGUUACUUAUGGAGACAUUGGUGGAGUCAUGUUGGGAUCUUGGGGUCGUGAGAUCUUUGGUGCUGCUUAUGUCAUCUAUUGUAUUUUCAGUAUGGCUUCGCAUCUUUUGACUUUUACAAUUGCUAUGAACGUUCUUACGAAUCAUGCUACUUGUACCAUUAUUUGGGGUGUUGUUGGAUUGGCUGUCUUCAGCUUGCUCUCCUUGAACAGAACUCUUAAGAAUGUCUCGUUCUUGUCCAUCAUCUGUAUGUUUUUUCAAGUCUCGACUAUUGAAAGAUACUGACCAUUACCAUAGCAUUUACCAGUAUUCUCUCCGCCGUUAUGCUCACCAUGAUCGCAUUGGGCGUUUCCCCACAAGCGGCAUCCGGCGCCAUGAAAGGAACUUACUCACCCUCAUUCCCAUCCGCUUUCAACAGCAUCUCCAAUAUCGUUUUCGCAUAUGGUGGACACGUCGCAUGGGUCAGCUUCAUUGCCGAACUCCGCGACCCCAGAGAAUUCCCCAAGUCUCUCAUACUCCUCCAAACAGUCGAUAUUAGUUUAUACGUCAUCGCCGCUCUCGUCAUCUACAGAUAUGCAGGCGAGGAUGUUGCUAGCCCGGCUCUUAACAGCAAUACUCCUAUCAUUCGUAAAAUUGCUUGGGGAAUCGCUUUACCAACUAUCAUUAUCGCCGGAGUCAUCUUCGCACACGUCACAGUCAAAUAUGUCUAUCUCCGUAUAUUCUCCGGAACCAAGUACCUCAACAGUAGAGGAUGGGUCGCCACAGGAACCUGGGUUGGUCUCGCGGUAGCAACCUGGACCAUCGCAUGGAUCAUCGCCGAAUCCAUCCCCGUCUUCUCCGACCUCCUCGGUUUCAUCUCUGCCCUCUUCGCCUCUUGGUUUUCCUACGGUCUCCCGGGUAUCUGUUGGUUUUACCUCAACUGGGGAACUUGCACACGGGGUAUCAAGAAAAUCUCCCUCAGCGCUCUUAAUUUCACUUUGAUUAUCGUGGCGUGCAUUAUUUGUUUUGCAGGUUUGUAUGCUAGUGGUUAUUCAAUGCAUGUUGAUACGGCGUCUUCUCAUGGUGCUUGGUCUUGCGCUGAUAACCGAACUUAAGGGUUUGUUUGUAUGUAUUAUAGAUAGGAUAGGAUAGGAUAGGAUAGGAUAGGAUAGGAUAGGAUAGGAUAGGAUAGUAUUGUGCUGCGCUGUGGGGUUUUUGGGAUAAAGCAAAGCGGGCAUGUGCAAAAUGUGGAAUGCGGGAUGCUGGAUAGGAUGCGGGAUAGCAUGGUUUUCUUGGGUGGAACUCUUUUGUUUUUGUGUGAAAAAUCCUACAUGAAUGGCUUGGGAUGGGUGUCUUGGGCAUGUGUUAUUUUUGGCGGGGAGUCGAAUGGGGAUUAGUUGCGCAGUCAUGCUUGAUUUGAUGACUGACUCUGACUUUUUUUUUGUAUAUUAUAUUCUACGGUUGUUAGGCUGUUAAUGGUGU